CGUCAGUGUCAGUAUCAUCGAUAGUCGCCGCGAGUCGUGGAGCAUCCGGCUUGUGGGGGACCCCGUCGUCGUCGUCGUCGCCGCCGUCGCGUCUCUGGCCGUGUGUAUGUAUGUAUGUACAUGUGCGUGUGUGCGUGCGCGCGUGGCCAAGUGAGAUAAAUUAGGAUGCGGUAUCGCGCGAGGUUCCGGUGCUGCGUCCCGUGCCCGCGGCUUCGCGGUGACGUUGUCGUGGCCGCGGCCGCGUCCCGCUGAGAUAUGCUCGACGGCGAUCUUGGGCGAUCCGUCGUACAUUCCGAGUGACGUAUGUGUGCGCGUGUGUGCACGGGUUAACCUCAAGUACAACAACGAGGGUGUGAAGUAAAAAAAAGAAAAAAAAAAAGAAGAGGAGGAAAGAGAGGAAGAAGCCAGGAACCGGUGCAUGUGUGCGUGAGGGUGCGUGUGUGUGUGCGCGCGCGCUGGCAAAGAGAGAACGAGGAAGAGACAUUACGCACGCACGCACGCACGCACGUACGUACGUCCGUGCAUACGUCCGUUCGUCCGUCCGUCCGUCAAGAUGUCGUCGUCCGGACACAGCAGCCGCGCUCGCGCCGUCCACUCCGUCGGCUCGAUCUUCCAGAAGCUGCACGGCCGUUUCGCGGACGCGAUGACGCCGCCUAAGCUGUCGACCGACAAGCGUACCCUGGACAAGACCUGGAAGCUGAUGGACAAGGUGGUGAAGCUCUGCCAGCACCAGCGCAUGAACCUCAAGAACUCGCCGCCGUUCAUCCUCGACAUUCUGCCGGACACGUAUCAGCGGCUGCGGCUCAUCUACAGCAAGUACGAGGACCGGAUGCAGAUCCUGCACAGCAACGAGCACUUCUGUGUCUUCAUCAACAACCUCAUGCGGAAGUGCAAGCAGGCGAUCAAGCUGUUCAAGGAGGGCAAGGAGAAGAUGUUCGACGAGACGUCCCACUAUCGUCGUAACCUCACCAAGCUCAGCCUCGUCUUCAGCCACAUGCUGUCCGAGCUCAAGGCGAUAUUCCCCAACGGGGUGUUUGCCGGCGAUCAGUUUCGCAUCACCAAGGCGGACGCGGCCGAAUUUUGGAGGGAGCGCUUCGGGAACAGUACGUUAGUACCGUGGAAGGUAUUCAGACACGAGUUGAAUCAAGUGCAUCCCAUCAGUUCGGGACUGCAAGCAAUGGCACUGAAAUCCACGAUAGAUUUGACGUGCAACGAUUACAUCUCCAACUUUGAAUUCGACGUAUUUACAAGGUUGUUUCAACCGUGGUCGACUCUCCUACGCAACUGGAAGAUUCUGGCUGUGACGCACCCCGGCUACGUGGCUUUUCUUACAUACGACGAAGUGAAAGCACGUUUACAGAAAUAUUGUAUUACCAAGCCUGGGAGUUAUGUGUUUCGAUUAAGUUGCACGAGGCUGGGACAAUGGGCAAUCGGUUAUGUCACGUCUGACGGUGAUAUUCUUCAAACUAUACCGCACAAUAAGAGCCUGUGCCAGGCGUUGCUGGAUGGCUACCGGGAAGGCUUCUACUUAUAUCCUGACGGCCGAAAUAUCAAUCCGGACUUGACAUGGGCGGUGCAACCAACGCCGGAGGAGCACAUAAAAGUGACGGCGGAACAGUACGAGUUGUACUGCGAGAUGGGAAGCACAUUCCAGCUGUGUAAGAUCUGCGCCGAACACGAUAAGGACGUAAGGAUAGAACCGUGCGGACAUCUUCUCUGCACUCCAUGUCUUACAGCUUGGCAGGUAGAUUCUGAAGGACAGGGUUGUCCGUUUUGCCGAGCUGAGAUUAAGGGUACCGAGCAGAUCGUCGUAGAUCCGUUCGACCCGCGAAGAACGCAUCGACCUGGAGCGCACUCGGCGUCCGCCAGUAAUGCAUCGACUCCCACGCGGGAUCUCGACCCCGACACCGAGGACAUAAUGGAGCUGUGCAACGGGAACUGUGGGCUCAUCAUAUGCGACGAUUCGGACGAAGAGGAGGAUUCCAGUCCGACGAAUUCGCCGGUGCCGCCGCGGAGGAUCGUCCCGAGUCCACCGUUGCCGCCUAGAAGACCUUCGCCGUCGCCCACGCCGAACAAUCAUCUCAGGAACGGCCGUCACCUGACGGUGCCGAAGGAAAAUGCCCCGCCGCCGCCGUCAGCGGUCACGGUGAUAUUGAAUUACACCGACAACACUCAACAAAAUAACAAAGUAUUUGCAGUGAAUACGGAGGCGAGGUACGACAUGCUGCAUCGCGCUUCUUCGCCGUCGCUGGUGCCGCCGAUCCCGCCGAUACCGCCAUCGACAGCGGUGACGAGGACCCACGGAGCUCGUCGUCCUCACGGAAAUCACGUGAGUGGCACGCCACAGCGACAGCCGCAGCCACCGCCGACGUUGCCGGAGAAGGCGAGUCGCAUCAGCGCGACCAGUUCGACGACGACGACUACGACGACGAGUCAAGGUCCCAGUAAUAAUCCGGUGCCGCCAGUACCGCCGCCCUUAUCGGCGCCACGACCGCCAAAGGCCGGUGGGAAGGAGGCGGUUGGCAUUCGUCAAGAUCAUCAUUACGAGAACACAUUCGUCAUCUGCGGUCCAAGUCACCAGGUAGUGAAGAACCUGACGGCGAGCAGAGCCGCCGGAUUGAGGGCGCUGAUGAUGGCGAAGGAUGAUUCAGGCGGUGGCGGUGGUUGUGCCUCGAUGAUCAAGUCCCCGGAAUCGGCAGCGUACGAGAACGUCAAUGUCGAGCAUAUCACGAGACUGACGGCGCUCGGUUUCGCGCAGGACGCCGUGAUCAGGGCGCUCGGCAUCACUAGGAACGAUCUCGAGAUGGCAUGCGAUAUAUUGCACGAGUUUGCCACAAAGUCUUCCUGACCAGGGUCGGACACCGAGGUCUCAUGACCGGCCUUACCCGCCAGGCGAUACUUUUGACAGGGAACACGCGCAGGCUCGUACAAGUCCCAUCUCUGAUGCGUUCGCAGAUCACAAACAUCUCCGAUCACGAACAUCAUCGGGCGCUCUCGCUACGUCGACAAGACGAUGUGUCAUCGUUUUACGAUUUAAAACGAAUGAGAGAAACAUAGACACGGGCGGAGCACGAUGAGCGUUGAGAAUAUUACUGCGAGAAACAUCCGCCGAAUCAUCCUCGUCGUGGAUCUUCCACGAGCGGACGAAGCUCCAAAUGUUCUCGAGAUGCAAAAACCGUCGUUCGCGCGACAGAUGUAAAUAUAGGCGACGACCGACCAAAGGCGAUUUGCGGCUGCCGAAGUAUUCCUUCACGAUAGCCAUAUUUAGCGAGCAGUAGCAGUAGUAUAUCCUUACAUAUUUUCCUAAUCUGGUACCUCUCACUGACUCGUAGUCAUUACUAUAUUGCGUUCCUUGAUAUACUUAAGGAUAAGGAUUAAUUGUACAUUAAUUCGCAAAGAGAACUCGCUUAACGUAACGCACGUCGGAAAGCGCUCCUCGAAAAGGUGCUCUCGGUCGUUCGUUUUCCACAUUUUGUAUUAUAUAGCGUAUCUCACGAGAAGAAAAACAACGAACACGCGGUCUGAUAUCGCGUCGUUCCGACGUGUUUAGAAAUUACACCACUUACGAAGGCAAUAUGAUCCGUUUCACUUAACCAUUUAAGAUGCAUAUAUUUUACAUGGAGUUAUCGAUUCGCUAGACACUCCUUGCUCACGAGUAUAUACAUGUAUGAUGAUAGUACUGACCGAAAGUACAUUUAGAAAAAUGCCUGGCAUCUAAUUUUAUAAUCCCUAUUCUAUGCAUAUAUAUCGUUCUCAUCCAACUCUAGAAUAGUUAUCAUAUAUAUGUAUGUAUAUUGCUAUUUAAUGUACAUUAUGUAAUGUCUUACACAUUAGCAUUGCGUAGUUAAAGACAACACGCAAGAAGAGAUACCUCGGAGAGUAUAAAAGUGAGUAGCAAAAUAACGAUUUAGAUGUAUAAAAUUGUUGAUUUACACACUCCGAUGAUUUCUGAUCCUAAUUUCUCAGAAAGACUAUCUCCGAGACACGAUAGCCUAGGGCGCGCACCUCCCUAAGAUUUUGCACCUUCUAGAUCUGAGUCCUCGCGGCGUUUUUCUUUUUUCGGCUGGCACGUGACGACUUAUAAUAGAAAUCAGCCUAUUUUUUACCGAAUGUGAUACUUAUGUUUGCACGUAAGUACACACGGCUUUACAUCGCACAUAAGUAUUGACGUAGAGGAAAAGAUGAAAUCGUCGCACGUUUCACAUACGAAAAGCGGCGCAAAUAUCAAAAGUCUACAGGUUUACGAUAACUUUCGGUGCAAUGUGUGCGGAUCAGUGUUUGGAUGAGCGUGUGUACAUGAUUGUAACGAUAGAAUAUAAUCGAAGAUAAAGAUAGUACGUCGUGCAAAAUAACGACAAUUGAUAAUAACCAUCCAACUAACAAUGAGAGAAAGAGAGGCGCACUUGAUGAAUAAAAAAAAAAAAAUAAUAAAAAUUCAUUGUUCGUCAUGUUCGUCAUGCCGAGUCGAGAAUAGCAUACACGUAUGGGACAUAUACAUACAUACCACCGAAGCGUAUCAAUUCGCUUUACACUAAUUUAUGUUUUUUGCAAUAGAUGCUCAAUCAUAAUGCACCGAACCGUUUUGCCCUACGAAAGGACAGGCAGAUCUGGAAGUUGAUUACUACCUCGCGAUUACCAAAGGUAUACACGAUCUGUGAUCGCCCGAACAAUGUGUGUUUAAUUCGCUUUCAUGCGUUUUAAAUAUAUAACAUGCACAAAUGGGAUGAAUCAUCGUGUAACAUAAUUAAUAUAUUUAGAUAUGAUAUUUAGAUUUCUUGCUCCCGUUGAAUUUCUUUCUUUCCACGAAAGAGAAAAAAAGAUACGCGUUGACGGAACGGCGCGCUGUUAAAGCGAAAAACGAUCACAGUUUAUCCUAUGCAAAUUCGAGCAAAGAUCAUGUUUCGAGAGAAUCCGAAAUAGAUAUAGAGAUACCGAGAUAUCCCGAUUUUAUUCGCUGUCCUAUAUGCACCUAAUACGUCAAUCGCCACUCUUGAGAGAAUAUUUCAGCACCCUUUAUCUCCGAACUCGACGGAUCCGCGAAUUUAGCUGUCCUAUUUUUCUACAUUGUAUAUUCUGUCGCUGUGUAUUGUAUAACGAUCAAGAGCGUUCAAGGCACCUCUUUGCUCCGAGAACGUAAAGAAGGACGAUGUAUAAUUAGGUGCAAUACGCGCAGAAUAAUAUAAAUCGAUGAUGCGAUAAUCGAAGAUGAUACACGAAGAAUAUAGAGAUUGACACCUCCUUCAUUUUAAUUAUUCGCUGUACAAAUUAUUUUACAUACUUCUCGAAAUAAAAUAACAUGUCGUUUAUAAUAUCGCGCACGUUAUUUUAUUACACUUAUUGUAUCUCUAUCCAUUAAGGAUAAACCAUUUGAGAAAUAUACAUGCAUGAUAUAUUGAUUA